UUGAUUCCAUUUAAAAUUACCCGCCGUACUUUUUUUGUUUUGUAUAUUUUUUUGUUCAGAAUUUUUUUCAACUUAAAAUCCAAACAUUUCUUAUUAUGUCUUCGAAUUUAGCAAAUGUUUAUGCAAAUUUAUUACGAAAAUAUGGAGAGAAUUAUAUGAUAACUUAUGCCUUGUCGCCAACUUAUUUAAACAAUAUUGUAGGUGCUGCUGAGAAUCCUGGCAAGAUCAUUCUUUUUUAUGUGGAGGACCGUUCUAAGGGAAAGCCCAUGAGCUUUGUAUCACCUUCCAAGUUGAAUAUAAAAAAAUCGACAAAUGUUGAUUUGGAUUUAACUGGCAGCCCUUUAAAAGAUGAUUGCGAGGUGGAUGCAAUUGGUGAUAUGUCUUUGGAUCUUAACUUGAUCUCUAGAAAUCCCUGGAAACCUGAAGAAGAAUAUCACAAGGGCAUUUCCGUAGAUAAGGCCAGAAAUGUUAUGACAGAAGAUUUUCAAAAGGGUUCUGCAGAUGCAGUUGGCUCUGUAUGGUUCUUAUGUUCGGCAGUAGAUGUACCAAAAACUCUUUUGUUACAGUACGAAUUUGGGCGUAAUAAAAAUAUCAGAGGUAUUGUCAAUUACAUGGGGGUUAUCGAGACACACACUGUAACGAGUCAGUCUCUGUUGCAGCAACACUAUGCCUUUGUUGGCAAAGAAGCUCGUAUUGAAACUCAGAUAGAAAAUACUUAUCACAUAAAAUCGAAUAUUUCUAUAAAAUGCUCCUGGUCAACAGCUUCAAUGACACCGUCGUUAAUAGAUUUGAGAACUUGUGAUGUAAUGCUGAAGCAAACUUUUCGCUUUAGUGAAUGCAGCCCUUCGACAGAGGAUUUUGUUAAUCAAUUGCGUAUACUGAUGGCUAUACGUGAUGAAAUUAUUUCAUAUAAGCAAUCGGAAAAUACAGAUUUAGCUAAGGAACCCAAUUAUUCGUGUGGCAUUGGUAUUGAUAUGGUGGAAUUACGUGAAAGCAUUAAUAAGGUUAUGACUGAAAUAUCGGAAAUUGAACCUAGUAGUGGAGAAAAACGUGAUAUUGAGGAUGUCAUACAAAAUGCUAAAAUAAGACGUCUUAAUGAUUUAACCGAUAAAUUGUGGGAAAUUUUAAAACAAUGCUCAUCUUAUAAGGAUUUAAAAUUGGCUUAUACAAUACUGUUUCAAUGUGCUGCCCGUUGUAAUAUUGUGAAUACUCCAACAAAUAAAAAUCGUUUAGCGGAAAUUAUAACCGAGGUGGCAAAUCGUCGAUUAGCCAUACCUUGUCUUUCGGGUUCGGAGGCAUUAGAAUUAUUAUUGGAAAUCGGUUUGGAAAAAUUGUACAAAGACUAUGAAUAUAUAUUUGUUGAAAGCAAAAUCUGUAGUGCUAAUGAUUUAAAAAACAAAAGCACUGCACAUGAUAACAAAGAAAAUGAUGCUGUUGUACCGAACGUACGUAAAUCCCUACGCAAUGCUGUUAUGCAAGAUAAUACUGUCAUGCGUAAAACAUUGCUGCACAAUGAUGUCAAAAGUACUGGAAAUAAAAUGAAAAACGAUAUAAUUUGUUUUAAGAAUAGUAAUUUUGAUGAACAUGAAAGUGCUAAAACUCUGGCGAAACUAUUGCAAAUACACUGUACUCUAGAACAUUUACUUAUGAUUCAUAUACAUUUGAAUUUAAGUAGUGUCUUUUAUGAAGUAUGUGAUCAAUUGCUACGUAAACCACCUCGCAUUGUUGAUAUGAUCAGCGAUUCAUUGACCGAUGAAAUGGAAAUACAAUUACCCGAUCACUAUGUACGUGAAAUUUUAGAAGGUAAGGAUCCUCAUUCACGGCGCAUAAUAAUGAAAUCAAAAAAUAAAUUACGUGAAGUUAAGUCAACUUUUUAUUUCAAUAUGGAGAAUAUAUGUCCACCCAAUAUAUCUGAAGGUUUUAAUGCCGAGGAAAAAGAAUACGGUAAAGAGAAUGUUUAUUAUAGUUGGUUAUAUCGUAAAAUAACAACAAUACAAAAUCACUGAAUAUAUUUUAACAAUGUUAAGUGGUCUUGUAAUCAGUUCAAUUACCCAUGUUUAUUCUUAAUGUUUUAUCGCGAAUUAUAAUGGAAGAAAGAAAACACAUGCAUACAUGAUACAUAAGAAACAACAAUUUGUUAACGAAGACUUACAAAAAGUUAAGUCUUGUCUUGUUUUGAUUUUUUUUUAAUUUCAUCAUUUCGUUUGUUUUACAUUAAAAAAAAAUAUUUUAAAAUAAAGAAACAUAAAAAAUA